AUGUUGUAUGGAUUCGGAGCCAAUGAAUAUGAAGUAUUGAAAUCCUCGGAAAGCCUUCUUCUUGAAUUUCGUAAUAAUAUUAAUACUAACGAUGAUCUUUUUGAAUUAACACCGCUAACUCUACCAUCAUGCAAUUUUCAAAUUCGUAAAAUUGUAGCCAACAAUGAAUUUGCUACCGCCAUGUUGACUAUGGAUGGAAAGUUAUUUGGAAGUGGUAAGAACGUUGCCUCCAUGUUUGGUUUCAAUAAUGAGAAAUAUCCAUCCAUAAAACCUUUUACAUGGAUCGGAAAUGGAUUGCAAGGACUUGCCAUUAAAAACGUUGCCAUUGGAAAUCGAUUUAUAUUGGCUCAAACAUUGUUGGGACAAUUGUUUGUCUGUGGGAGUUUUAUUGGAUCAAGUCCCUUAAUGGAAUGUGAGGUGUUUACGAAUUUGGAUCCUUAUGUACCCACAAAAUUGAAAAAUGCUGGUAUUGAAUAUAUACAUGCUCGAUACACCCAUUGUGGAGUCAUUUCUCGUGAUGGUUCUCUAUAUGUCAUUGGAGAAAAUGGUUGUGGUGAAUUUGGGUUGGGUCAUUAUUUCGAUCGAAACAAAUUUACGCUUGUUUCAUCGAUACCAGAGAGUGUGAAAUCAAUUAAUUUUGGAUAUCAUAAUUCUGUUGCAAUUGGAGAAAGUGGAUUCAUUUACGUUGCAGGAAGUAAUUUAAAUGGGGAGCUUGGAAUUUCAAAUGAGGAGGACAGCACUGUGAAAGUGUUUAGAAAGAUUGAAAUUAUGAAUUCGGAGAAUAUUGAAAAGAUACAAAAAACAGCAUGUGGCAUGCAUCAUGUACUGGUAUUGAGUGAGAGGGGCCACAUAUACUCGACAGGAGCCAAUGAUUUUGGCCAACUUGGCCUCAAUGACUUUUAUAACCGAUAUGAAUUCUCUAUAGUGAUGCCUCAAACAACCUUUAGAGAUGUUUCGUGUGGUGAUCACUUUUCUGUAAUGAUGACUCUUGACGGACAAAUUUUGGCCUGUGGAUCCAACUCUAAUGGUGCCAUUGGCCAGUGGAUUCAUCAUAACCCAAUUUCGCCAACUCCAAUUCUUGUUGACGGUCAACAACUUAUUGCAUCUGCCAAACACCAAAAUCAACAACCAACCUCUCUCGUAUGUGGAAAUCGCUUUACUCUCUGUUAUCAUUCAGCUGAAUGUUUCAUGGAUAUUAUACUCAAGGAAAAGCAACACAUGCUUCAAUGUUUGUUUGAGCAAUUGCAGCAACAUCAGAACAUGACCACUCAUUUGUCACCAGAGAUCACUUUCCAUUUUUCGACACGAUGA